AUGACCUGUUUGUUGAAGAUAUUUCAGUUACUGAUCGCUAUUUAUUCUGUAAAAGGGUGUAUGCUAGCACUUCCCACUUGCCCAUUCGGUACUAAUUGUACUCCGGCUCCACCAGCGGCUUGCCUCUUUGGCACUUGCGCGAAACAACAGUCAAAUCAGGUUGGACCGUGCGGAAGCGGGUGUGAGCCACCAAAGACUUGUACACCAAAGGGUUGUCUUCAAACGAUGGCUCAUCAUGGAGUGAAAACAUUUCAGGGAAAUCCAAUAGCGACCAGUUCACCCAUCAAUCCAGACGCUCGUUUCCUUUCUUGUUGCCAAUCUUUGGCUGUCGGUGACUCGUGUCUUCCCAUUUGCACUUUCGAGAGUUUCAACAAACAAGAGAUAUCUUCAAUCUUUUUCCUUUCAUCUCAAUGCUCUCCCGUCAAUCUCGGUUCAAUGUUUCAUUGUGCGGCGUUUGGAGCUGAUCACUCAUCGUGUUGUGUCAAUGCCGGAGUUGAUGCUGAAUGUUUGACUUUUUGUGACCAAGAAGAGCUUUCUUUUGAUAAAAUCAGUCCGUCUCAUCUCAAAUGUUUACCGCACUUUGAGACGAUUAAAUCGUGUUUCUACAACCAUGCGAUACGAGAAUAUUAUCGACAAGAUAUUGUUGUAAAU